AGCUAGUAGUGCGAAGACCUUGGUUCACUUCAGCAAACCCAACAGUCCAGCUCGCAAGUUUAAUAAUUUGUCUGGUCACACAGUUAUGGCAUCGACUCAUUCUAACGGCGACAAAUAACCUCAACUAAUUGGAGGUUAACCAUUGACAAGAAUCAGCUUUUGAUCGACGAGGCUGUGAAAAUUCAAAUUCAGUGUUGAGAACUCUACACAUUGGAACUCACAACCCUCUCGUGAACUUUGCGGAGGAAGGCUUUGACGUGGGGCCGACGUCAUGCUCGUGAAGGAAUAUCGCAUAUGUAUGCCCCUGACCGUGGAAGAGUACAGGAUAGGGCAGUUGUACACAAUUAGCAAACACAGUCACCAGGAGAGUGACACAGAGGAGGGGAUCGAAGUUCUCCGGAAUGAGCCGCACUACGACCCUACCCAUGGCCAGGGCCAGCACACGGAAAAGAGGGUACACCUGUCCAGCAAGCUUCCCGGCUGGGCCCGCUCCUUCGUCCCACGUAUUUUUUACAUCACGGAAAGAGCCUGGAAUUAUUACCCCUACACUAUAACCGAAUACACAUGUUCCUUCCUACCCAAGUUCUCCAUCCAUAUCGAGACGAAGUACGAGAACAACUGUGGCACCAACGACAAUAUCUUUGGCCUGGAAAAAGACAGCUGUGCGGCAGAGGUGGAUGUCAUGGACAUAGCCUACGACGAGUUCCCCGAGAGGCACUACAACAUCUCAGAGGACCCGCGGUGCUUCUCGUCGGUAAAGACUGGUCGAGGGCCGCUCCAGGAGGGCUGGAGGCAGACCAGCUCCCCCAUCAUGUGCUCCUACAAGCUGGUCAGGGUGCAGUUCGAGGUCUGGGGCCUGCAGACACGGGUGGAACAGUUCAUCCAGAAAGUAAUUAGGGACGUGUUGUUGGUUGGCCAUCGGCAGGCGUUCGCCUGGGUGGAUGAGUGGUACUCCAUGACACUGGAGGAUGUCAGACGGUUUGAGGAUGAGAUGCAUGUGGCAACCAACCAGAAGAUUGGAUGCAGAGACACGUAAUCGCCCAGAUGAGAUGCCGUCCACCAACUAGCUGAGGUGAGGAGAAGAAUCUGAGCCACAGAGAGCCGACCUCUGAUAUUUGCCCCGUCCGUCCAGACCAGACCAGACCAGACCAGACCAGUGCCUUGCCCUUCCUUCCCCAAACAACACCCCUCGUGCCCUGCCUUCACCCCCCAGGACUCCUGGGCAUGAGGACUGGGACUGUAACGACCAGACGGGGGUGGUGGGGGAUGAGAACCGGGGAAUGGGGAAGGGUUGUGCGGUUCGGACCAUACGUGACUAGUCUACGUCGGUUUGAAGUCGACUGGGACUGCUCUACCCCUGAUUAGACGUGACUGAACUGGAUCAGACCGGACUGCAUUUCCCAACCCUCAUACCUGCUAGCCUCCAAUCAUAGAUAUAAUACCACGCUAGAUACCGCGUUGAGCACUCCUUUGUAUUACAGUGAAUGCCUCAAGUCAGAGCGCCGCCUUUUUUACCCCAGUACAUCGCUGCCAUCGAUCUGGGAAAAUGCGAUACGCCAACAUGGCAUCCUAAAUGCUUUGCUAGGGCGGUGUACAGAACGACGUUACAUGCAAAGUCGGUGCACCACAUCGCGGAAUGCGCGCACUAGCGUGAAAUAAUUACGCCUUUGUAUGAUGCCGGUCUGAAUACGCACAUUAUGCUGUAGGUGGUGAUGACAUCUAUGGAAUUAUCAACAUACUGGACCAAGAUGGCGGCGCAAACAGGCUGAACACGACAUCUAGUGGUCUCAUAUCUAUGGCCCCUGUUUAGCACAUUCAUUGGUUGGCAGUGGUGUUGUGUUGUGUGCAACCCACUAAGUUGCUAAUGUACGUAGUUAGCAAGUAUUGGUUUUGGGAAAUGCACUCCUGGACUAGACUGGACUGCACUAGUUGACUGGACUGGAUCUGACUGAAUUACUCCACACAGGACUGCACUUGGGAAGUUCACUCCUGGACCAGACUUGUUCUUCAACAUACUGGACUGGACUCAACUACACAGUAAAAUUUUCAGUGUUUAUUCAACACUAUUCUGAGCCUGUUCCCACUUGACUUAGAGUGAAAUGCAACUCUUUAAGUGUUACUAACACCCUUUCAACGCUAUUUGGCUUUCAUUUUCUUAGGGUUGAUUCGACACUCAAAGGGUUGAAAUUCAGCACUAAAAUCAAGUGGGGCCAAAUUUUCUCAGAAUAGUGUCCGAUUAACACUGCAUCAUUCACUGUGUGCACUAAUUCACUGGACUGGACUUAAUUACACACUAGACAGGACUAUUGUAUACUCGGCAGGACUUCGCUGGACUGUUCCCCAUCCACCCUCCUCCAAUAAUCCCAAUGCUGCUGCUGCUGCUGCUGCCUUAUAGUACAUUCCUUCAGACCAAAGAGAAGCUCAGAACCAGCCUUUAUACUGUGUUCUGCCUGUUGGACUCUGUAAAUAAAUAAACAAACAAAAAUAAUUGAA